AAAGUAUAGGCAUCUGCAGUUUUCAUGAAAAGCAUUCACACAUAAAGUGAACAAACUAGUCACUUUGAAUUGCUCAUUUUAUUCCAGUAGCUUUUACUUUGUUCCACAGAUAUAAUUUCAUUGUUGAUUAAUUCAUAUCUAUAUUGAAUUCAAUACAUGGCGGAAGCUUUCCUUCAAGUUCUGCUAGACAAUCUCAGUUCUCUCAUCCGAGGGAAACUUGUUUUGUUCUUCGGUUUUGAAAAGGAAUUUGAAAAGCUCUCAAGCAUGUUUUCCACAAUUCAAGCUGUGCUUGAAGAUGCUCAGGAGAAGCAAGUAAAGGAUAAGGCAAUAGAGAAUUGGUUGCAGAAACUCAAUACUGCUGCAUAUGAAGUUGAUGACAUACUGGACGAAUGUAAAAAUGAGGCAGCAACAUUCGAGCAGUCUCGAUUAGGGCGUUAUCAUCCAGGGAUUAUCACUUUCCGUCACAAGAUUGGGAAAAGGAUGAAAGAGAUGAUGGAGAAACUAGAUGCCAUUAUAAUUUGUUUUAGACUAGAAGAUCCAAAAAUAUAA